UUGAAGGAAGAUUGCAAAAAAAGUUAAAGUAAUUGCUUGCCGAUUUAGUCAAGAUGCAGUUUUUAUUAAAGAAAAUGUAAAUAAAUGUAACCUUAAUUGUCGGAAUAAAGUUAAGUAUUUGGCAGUGAACUUUUGGUUGGAAGUCAAUGUUAAACGAAGGAUUCCUACAAAUCUCAAUCAUGCAAUAGUCCUUUAUUUCACCCCAGGGGUUUGAAUUUCAUACCCAUACAACGCCAUCUACACCUUAAGCCAAAAUCUAUUGUUAUCGCUUCAGCCAUACGCACACCAUGGGGUCAGCCCAUGGGACAAUUAGCUUCAGUCAAAUCAUUAGAUCUAGCAUCAUUGGUUGUGGAAACGGCGGUUAAACAAUCGGGAGCACCAUUGGAACAAAUACAACAAAUUUUUGUUGCAAAGGAACCUCCAUUGGAGAAAGAUGAUCUAGCAGAUAAAUGUGGGCAGUUUCUAAAAAAAUCUCAAUUUAACUUCAAACAAGACAAAGAAAAUUUUGGUUUAAAUAACUUGAGAGAGGCCAUUGAAUUGCUUAAUACAAAGAAAUGUCAAUUUGUUGUCGUGGCAGGAGUUGAAUCGGCCACAGAACGUUUACAAAAUAAAAAAGACUUACGCCCUAAUUCAUACACAGAAGUUACAAAUUUUAAUGAGACCUUUACUAAGCGUUGCAAGGUAUUACUGGAUAAAGCUUCGAAACAAGGUUUAUAUGAUGCUGAACUGGCGGCGCUUAAAACCUUAAAAGUUAUAGACAAUAAAAGAAGACAGGUUGAAAUUAACCAAGAUGAAGUUAGCGAAGGAAUCAUGACACAUUUUGAUGGUGCUGCGGCCAUAGUAUUGACCACCAAUAAAAAAGCUAUGGAGGAAAACAUCAAACCUUUGGCAGUUUUAGCAGAUAUUGAAAUUUCUGGAUCAGAUUCAUUUAAUCUUGCCAGUCUGGCAAGUGACAAUGACGUUAAAAUAGAGCAUUGCGAGGUGAAUCGUUAUGAUUCAGACUUCCUAACCUCAAUCCAAGAUACACUUAAUAUUUCUUGUGAUCAAAUAAAUCCCUAUGGCGGUCCUUGUGGAAAUCAAUUCAAUGCAGCUUCCCUAUAUGGCAGGAUAAGUCAUAUGAGCCAUAUAUUGAGACCAAAUACAAUGGGUUGCCUUCUAAGUCUGCGCCAGCAGCAAUCGGUGGCCUUACUAAUGGAGAAAUUAUUACCUCCACCCAUAUAUACAGGUGAUUUACCCCAGCUUACCUUAUUCACCAAAGAACCUUGUCAUUUAUGUGAUAUGUUGGUUGAAGAAUUGCAACAACAUUUUCAGGGUGAGUAUAAUUUGGAAAAGAUUUACAUAGACACCAAAGAGAAUGUUAGAUAUUUACGUUUGUAUCGUAACGAUAUACCGGUGCUAUACCUCAAUGGGCAAUUUCUGUGUAUGCAUCGUUUGAAUAUAAGACUUUUAAGGCAAAAAUUGGAUUUAUUAAAGCCACUGUAGUUGA